UCUUCUUAAACCAACUUCAUUGUUUCUUUUAAUCAAUUCGUGUGUUCAUUUCAAAUUGUCUUUACUUAAAUUUACUUAAAUUUUUAACAACCUUCCAUCACCUUGCCCUGUGUUAAUGCACACCUUUUAAUUGGUUUUUAUAUUCAUCGAGUCAUCUUAACUAUCAUCAAUGGCUUCGACCGUUAAUGUGAAAAAUCGUGUUCUCGCUGAGUUAUCAAAUGCCGUGCCCAAUGACAAGGUUAAACGUAAACCCUUGGCCACCAUAACUGCCCCAGUUGCCAUCAGCAAGACUGAAAAUUUGGAAAACGUGUGUCAAAAGGCUAAGGUCGAUGGAAAAAAGAAGGCUUCUUUCUGUGAAAAAGAAAAUGAAGUUGUUGAAAAACUUGCUAAGUUGAAAGAGGUAAAGGAGGUAAAGGAUGUUAAAGAUGUUAAAGAACAGAAAGAACAGAAGGAAUUCAAAGAACUGAAAGAUCUUAAAGGAGUUAAAGAUGUGAAGGAAUCCAUAGAAGUCAAAGAGGAGGUCAAAGAGGUCAAAGAUGUUAAAGAUGUUAAAGAGGUGGUAGAGCAGAUAGUCGAUGAUGCUGUUAAGGAAGCAGUUAAACUCGAAGAGGUGAAAAAGGUAGAAGAGUUAAAGGAUGAGCAAGUAGUGAAAGAUUUGGAAGUUGAAGAAAAGACAAUAAUUGACGAUUCAGAAUCAGAAAUCAUCGACAAAGAGAAUGUUGAAAAUGAGAUGCUUUCACCCUGUAGCAGCGAUGCCUCUAUCGUCGAAGAAGUCACAUCUCCGUCUAUUGACGAUUCAUUCGAACCUCAUGAAGAUGACUGGUGCUUCUCUAAGAUGUUAUUUUUAAGAGUCUUGGAAUAUGAAGAAGAGAUCCAAAAAUAUUUGUUGAGACUUCAAGUCAAACAUCGUGCUGAUCCCGGUUAUAUGGCUCGACACAAACCUGAGAUCAAUGAGAAGAUGAGAACUAUUCUUGUUGAUUGGAUGACUGAAGUUGUUGAAGAGUAUAAAAUGAACUCUGAAACUUUGUUUCUCGCUGUAAAUUUUAUUGACCGAUUCCUAUCUGCUAAGAAUAUUGCCCGAGCCAAAUUCCAGCUUCUAGGAACUGCUGCAUUAUUUAUUUCUUCUAAAUAUGAAGAGAUUUACCCACCAGAUAUUCAUGAAUUCGUUUAUAUUACUGACAAUGCAUAUGAGAAAUCAGAGAUCUUAGCUAUGGAAGCAAAAAUUCUUCAAGUUUUAGACUUCAAUGUUUCUACUCCAACGGCUGCCUACUUUUUGCGAAAACACCUCUACUCAAUAGGGUUAGAACUUGACUUACCACAAACUGUUGGUAUUAUGGCAGAGUAUCUGUGUUAUAUUGCUUUAUUAGAAUGCAAUCCAAGUACUAGUUACUUACCCAACGACAUUGCAGUUUCGGCCAUUAUUCUAUCAGCCAGUUUGUUUGGUAUUAAAAUAAACUUAUCAGGUGAGACUGGGCAGGUAUUUUUCCCUGGUUUCACUGCAGAACAACUUAAAGCUCAUAUCGUGGAACUUCAAUCGUGUAUUGAUACUCUACAUCAUUUAAGAAAAUCAGUCAAAGUCGAGAAUGAUGCACUUUUCAAGUCUGGAAAGCCACAACAAGCUAUAUUCAGCAAAUUCGCCCAAGAAAAGUAUUAUUCUGUUUCAUUAUUGGACAUUGGUAGCCAAGAAGCUCCGAAAUUACUUUUGUAAUUUAUUUUUAUUUAAAUACUUAAAACUCAAUACUCUACUCUAGCAUUUCUACAUAAAUUUAAUAACGCAAUUCUGAUCUGCUACUAUUAUUGGCCCAAGCAUCAUACGAUGGAUCAUUCCCAUUUUAUUUAACCACAAGUCGAAUAAUGUAUUCAUUGAUUCAUAUUUAUUGAUCUAUUUGACCUUGAUUGCCUGGAUAUCAUCAAUUAUAAUAAAGCCAGAAGAAUAUUUAAAUAAAUUCUGUUGAAUCAUUUUAAUUAUUUAACAAUCAA